UUACUUGAUUUUUUAUUUUUUAUUUUUUUUAAUGGCACCUAAAAAUAAAUUUAAUGAAAUAAAUAUGUCGUGUUCAAACUUUGAACAUUGAGAUUUUUUAGUCAAUAAUAAUUGAAGAUUUAUAAAUUAAAACACUUUGUGUUUGUCUUGAAACUUCACAUAGCCAUGUUACAUUGUCAUUGUCUGAUCAGAUUAGAAUAAAGUUCAUGUGUUUUGAUGUUUUGAAGGAUAUUGCAACAAGAGUUAUUAAUCAUGGGAUUGAUUUGGUGAACACACCUGUCUCGAAGGUGAUGACAUGGAAUCCGAUUUUUGUUUUGUCUGAUACUCUUAGUGUGGAAGCGCUACAGAAGAUGGUGGCAGGAGAAGUUACACGAUUGCCUGUUAUAGAGAAUGGGGAGGUUAUUGGUUUAGUUUGCAUACUGGAUUGUUUACGUGAUGCUGACAAAAUUACGGGAAGGAAAGCCGCUAAGCUUAUGGCAACGAAUUGGGAUGCCCUUGCGAGGUAUUGUUGAAGGAUUUAAUGAACAAACAAAUAAAAUCACACAUGCAUGCAUGACUGU